ACUGGCGUGCGUCAGGAGGAUUGUAAACACUCCUCGCGCUUCAGCAGCAGCUUCCUAAGCAGUAAUUUGUCGAGUGAGCUAACGUUGUGUGUUCCAGCGUUUAAUAUUUCACAGGCGACAUGUUUUCCAGUUAAUUGCUGCUCACCCUUCUCUGUGAUGAAAUGGUGCUUUCCUUGGUGAGCCUUUGCGCCAUGGAGGUGGUGAGGGACCACAGCUCGUCACCCUGCUGGCUGAGGUGGGUGCCCAGGGAGCUGUACAGACCGCUGCUGGAGGCCUCUUUCACCGACUGCAGACCGCUGGCUGUGGGCGAACUGGUGCAGAGGUGGCCUGAACGCACGUUGCGUGUCGGCGGACGCAGGAAACAAAACCAAGCCGGGCCAAAUCGACUCUGUAUCCAGGCCCUGUUACUCGCAGUUGUCAGAGGAAUGUCAGACCAAAGGUAUGCCAUGCAAGUACUGGAUCUCUGUGGACUGCAGGGAGAUGAAGGAGGCAUGGGAGACACCAUGGGAGGCUGGUCUCUGACUGUAGCGCUCUGCACCAUGGUCGUUCAGGCCAGGGCGAGAGCUCAGAGGGCACAGCGGGAGAGGAAAAGGUUCUCGGCUUUGGAGAGGGAAAAGGAUGGGAAAAGAGAACGGGGACGGUGUAAGAGGGGAAAGGAAACAAAUUGCGAUGUCGCAAGCCCAGAGGAGAUGGAAUCGUGUGGGACUCUGGGUGAAGAGGAGUUGAUUAAAGGCGUCAGAAGGAGGAUGGAGGUGGAGAGGAGAAGAGAGAUUGCAGGGUUAGGAGGCAGUAGAAGGGAGGCCGAAGAAAAAGAUGUAAACAGUGAUGUGUUGCUGCAUGUGAGAGCGGAUCUUUUUGUAAAUGCUCGCUCUUGGGAGCGUUUUCGCGGGGCUCUGAGCACAGUGGGACCGCUUAAGCUUCAGUGCAGAUACCUACGUGUGGAAGAGAUUUCAGUGACUCGUAUCAGGACCCUGCUGGGCCUCCUGCCCCGCCGGGGUCUUCUGGGCAUUGACGUUCGCUACAGCAGCCUCGGGGUGGCUGGCCUGGCUGAGCUGCUGCCACUGCUCUCCACCUUCCCUGCGCUGAACUCUCUCCGCCUGCACUACUGUAACUUGGAUUUCCGCAGAGACCACCCUGGCCAGGAAGAUGCCCUGAGGGACUUGUCUCAGGGUCUGACACAGCUACAAGAACUGCGACGCCUCAGCCUCACUGCACUGCGCUUGCCUGGGCAACUUCGUGUGCUGCUUAGCUCACUGCCUCAGCCUUUAGAGAUACUGGAGCUGCCAUAUUUGAGCCUGAGCCCAGCAGACCUCGCCUAUCUGUCCUGUAGCCAUCAUGCUUCCACACUGCAGCAGCUGGAUCUCAGUGAGAACCGUCUGGAUGAAAACACCCUGACCUCUAUUCGCCGCCUCCUCUCCCAGGCUUCCAGUUGCCUGCAGCACCUCACUUUAAGUGGCUGUGGCCUCACUGAUGGCCUGAUGGGACUCUUGCUGCCCUCAGUGGGAGGCUGCAGGGCCCUCAAGAGCUUGGCGUUGGCUCUGAACCCUCUCUCCAUUGCUGGCCUCAUGGACCUGGUGAGGAUGGCCGUGAGAAUGCCCUCGCUCCGUCAGUUACUGUACCCCAACCCCCUGGAGGACUACCAGCCGGGCCUUCCUGACCUGCCCUCCAGUGCUCAGCUCUUAGACUGGCCGCUCGAUGAAGCCACAGACAUCAACAUCACCAGCAGUCAGCUCAACAGGUUGCGGCUGGAGAGCGGGCGUUCGGACCUCUUUCUGACAUGCGACCUGCUCAAUUAUGAUAAAGACCUCGUGGACUAGAGCAGAGGUGAUGGGAAGGACUCGGGUGUUUGUUUUUUUAUGUUCACCAUCACAUAACAGAGCAAUGUCAUUCAUAUAAAUGGUCUAGUAUUCUUUUUCUUGCCCAUCUGUCUUGUGAAUGUCUCAUAAGGGUAGCCAGAGUUCAGGGUGAUGUGGGGUUGGAGGGAAGUCAUUGUGUCACCAAAGCAACAGGUUUGUUAUUGUGGUGAGAUAGAGUCCUCCUCUUGAUUCAAGAAAAAGACAUUUUUUAUAUUUGUUUGCAAGACAAAAGGACAAACACCUUUACACCAUAUGCUUGAAAAAAAUGUUGCUAAACUACUUCAAUAUAGGUCACUUAUUGACUUUAUAUAUUGUUCUGUACCCAAAUUUGCUUUAGUCAGGUUAACAGGAUAUGUGGGAUUACAGCUGUCACUACUUAAUUCAUACAAGGCCAUUCAUUCAUAUUCAGUAUAUAUGCAGAUAUACAUUUGCAUACUGUUUGCUAAAUAUUUGCAUUGUCUUUCCUUCAUAGGAAAGGAAUGUAAUUGCAAAAUAUUGAGACUUAUUUUAAUACCUAGCAAUUAUUUGAGUGACGUUCUCACUCUUUGUGCUUUUCUAAUUUACAUAUUUGUCAUACUGUACUUCAUGUAUCUCUGUCGUAAAAUGUCCAGGAUGAUUUUGCUUUAUUUCUCUCGGGUCAAAAAUCGUAAAUCACAAGGAAUGCAUGUAUCAAAUUACCGUUGUACCACAUUAAUGCAUUUUUUCUUUUGUCAGUUCCAGAAUAAACUAGAACGGGCACUCGGUAGAGCGCAUACCUUC